GUCAACAAUGUACGUGUCAUAGUGUCAGUUUUUGUUGGUUUUUGUGAGUCUAAAUUCAUGUAUGUCUGAGUUUUGAAAAUGUCUUUCAUUAUAAUUUGUUUAACAUGUUUGCAUAUAAUAUAGACUAAUAAAAAGUAAAUAUUGUUUAUUUAACCAUCCACAUCAAAAGCACUCGUACGACAUUCAACAUUAAAGUAAAUCGAUGAACGGUUACUGUAUUUUUGUGGUAAAACAUUGAAGCUAUUGAAAAUGUCUGAACAAAAGAAAUCGAAUAAAAAUACUGAGGAGCAUAAAAGUACGAGGUCGUCUAACAAUGAGGCGACAACGACAACACAAGAUGUUGCAUCGAACCAUAGGAGUGCUACUGAUGUAGAAGGCUAUAAUGUGGAAAUCAAUAAGAAGAAUACACCAAAAGGUAAAAAUUCAAGGAAAAAAGAGAAAAUGAGAAACAUGCAUUUAGAAAUGCCAACAACAACUGGUGCUCAACAUCAAGGACAGGUAGCCCCCGGAUUCAGCACCACACUACAGUACCAGUCCUUUGCUGCAGUAUUUCCUCAAGAUUUAAUUGUAAAUCCAGGUAUUCCUUUCAAUCCAAAUAACAGCUCAAAAUAUUUGGAAAAUCUUGCACAUUUGCAACUUUACCAACACAGCAUGCAAAAUAACUGUGUGAAUCUGUUGAGGCUGAAUAGCCAAGUUGGCAGUUUACCAAAUACUCCUUUGGCUCACCCAAGUGUUUCACCACAUGCAUGGAGCAUCCCAGGCUCACCUUUGUGCAAUGAUCCUAUCUCCCCUCGUUUCUUGCAAAAUGUGAUGCAACAUCCACUUCUUAAUCAGACUUAUGCAAGGCAAAGUAACACACAAUUUAGACAAGAUAAAAGACAAGUUGCCUCCAGUGUAAAUGGUAUUAAUAAAGAAACUCCCACAAAGAAGAAAAAUGGGAAAAAGAAAGAUCAAGAAGAUAAAAACUUUGAACCUUAUUUAAAUCCAGAAGAGGUGGAAACUGGCUUGAAAGAAAAUACACUGAUAGAAGGUGUUUUAAGAAUUAACCCUAAACAAUUUCAACAUGCAUAUGUUUCCAGCAGUGACAGAAGUGUGCAAGAUAUACUUAUUGAUGGAGUUAAAAAUAGAAACAGAUCUCUUGAAGGAGAUGUGGUGAUUGUGCAAAUUAUAAUUCUGCCUGAUGAAAGUAAUGAUGAGACAAAGCAAAAAAAGGGAAAAGUUGUUUACAUCAAAGAAAAAUUACAUACCAGAACAUGCAUUGGCCAUUUAAAACUGAUGCCAGAUAAAAAUAGACAAAAAGCUUUGUUUGUGCCAAGAGAUAACAGAGUCCCUAGACUAAAUAUACCUUUUACCUGUUGGCCAGACAAUUUUUAUGCAGAAGCGAAAAGUUAUGAAACUACACUAUUUUUGGCAAAAAUAGAAAGUUGGUUUGAUACAAGAUUUGCUUUGGGGAAAAUAAUAUGUAACAUUGGCCAAUCUGGGGAUAUGCUUUCAGAAGCAAAGGCAAUUCUAGCUCAGACAGAUUUAGAUGUUACCCCAUUUGGACCAGAAGUAAGAGAUCUCUAUCCACGAUUGGAUUAUGUUAUACCAUUGGCAGAAAUUGAAAUACGAGAAGACUGUCGUAAACUGUGCAUCUUUAGUAUUGAUCCAUCAAAUUGUCGUGAUAUUGAUGACGCUAUGUCGUGCAGGAAGCUUGAAAAUGGAAAUUACGAAAUUGGAGUUCAUAUUUCUGAUGUAUCAUAUUUUUUGACAGAAAAUACUAUAUUAGAUGAGAAAGUAGCAGAGAAAGCCACAACAAUUUAUUUAGUUGAAAAGGCUUACCACAUGCUACCAGAUGAUUUAUGCAUGCUGUGUUCUUUAUUUCCGGGUGUUGAUAAACUUGCCUUUUCUGUAUUUUGGGAAAUAACAGAUAAUGCAGAAGUCUUGAGUCAUAGAUUCUCCAAAACUGUAAUUCAUUCAUGUUGUCAAUUAAGCUAUGAUCAUGCUCAGUCUGUUUUGGAUAGUAGAGAAGAUGCAGAAACAACUUUUCCCGAGUUUUAUAAUGGUUUUGAAUAUAAAGAUGUAUAUGAGACAAUUAAAACUCUUGGCAAAAUUUCAGCAAUAUUUAGAAAAUCCAGAUUUGACAGUGGUGCACUUCGUAUUGAUCAACCGAAGGUGUCAUUCCACCUGAACCCUUCAACAGGACUGCCAGACGCUCUUUGGGUAUAUGAAAACAAACAAAGCCAUCAACUUAUUGAAGAGUUUAUGUUACUAGCAAACAUGACUGUAGCAAAGAGAAUUUAUGAUGACUAUCCAAACUUAGCAUUCUUGAGAUGUCAUCCACCACCUAGUAGCUAUAUGUUGCAACAGCUGGCUAAAUCAUUGAAACCAAUGGGUAUUGAUUUGGAUGUAACCUCUGCUGGUACAUUACACAAAUCAUUAUUACAAUAUAUUGAUCCUACUGUGGCUGAUAAAGGCAAGGCUAUGGUUCUCAAUAUGUUGUGUGCUAAACCUAUGACAAGAGCUAAAUAUUUCUGCGCUGGAGGCUGCACAAGUGAUGAUGACUUCCAGCACUAUGCUCUUAAUGUACCACUUUAUACCCACUUUACAAGCCCCAUUCGACGAUAUGCCGAUAUUAUGGUCCAUAGACUUCUAUCGGCAAGUUUAAAUUUCCGAGAAACACCAAAAUGGGAAAUUGACAAAGUAAAAAUGGUUGCUGCUCAAUGUAACAAACAAAAGUACAAUGCUAAAAGAGCAAGUGAACUUUCAACCGAGUUAUAUACUUUGAAGUAUAUAGAAAUGAAUUCACCUUAUAAAACUGAUGCAGUAGUUGUUGAUGUUAGGGAAAAGUAUAUUGAUGUCAUUAUAGUCGCUAUGGGCUUAAACAGAAGAAUUUUCUUCAACAAUGAUUUCCCCGGUGAACAUAAAUGUAUCAAAAAUGAGGCAGGUGCCAAACUCUCUAAAAUGGAGCUGCUUUGGAAAGCAACAGAUACUUUACCCGAAGUGCAACAAGUUAUUGAAGUCUUCUCUAUUGUAGAGGUAGAAUUAAAUAGAGACGAGGAUAUGGUAAAAGUUGACACUAAACUUGUAAGACCCAUUUGAAUUGUUUAGGACGAAAUUAUUGAAUGAAUUUUCCAUAUCCAUUUCAAUAAUAGAUGUGUGUGAUUAAUCUAAAUUUUAAAUUGUAGCUGAAUAUUAGAAAAGAGCUAUUUAGAUGUUAGUUAUAUUUUCUUAAAUAUAAAUUGACUUGUGGAUUUGUCCUUUUAGGACUAUAUUUUACAUUUAUGACUUGUUUAAUUGUGAGAAAUUUUUUAUUAUUAUAUGGUAGUGGUGUACGAUACUAUGAUCUGUAGAAAUGACUGGGCUAAGUCACACAAUCAUCGACCAUUCUCACUUUCAUAAUAAAAUAUAAUGACAGUUUACAAGUAUUGCAUUUUGAAUGGUCUGUAGAUAUACUUAAUGUUAACAAGGCAUUCCAUUUUAUUACUCAGGAUAAUGCAUGAGAUAGUUUUUUCCAUAUCAAAUAUGGAUAGAAGUUUUAUGCCUGUCGUGUGGCCGCCUUGUUUGUGACUCAAAUUUUAAAUCUACUUUAAAUAUUUUGUAAAUUACUCAUAUGUUUUUGAAUGGAUUUUUAGCGUAAUUAUGACGUACAAAUGCAAAUUGGUAGAAAGUAUUAAAUUUUUAAAUGAAAUGUAAUUUAAAUUAUUUCAAUAUAAUUAUAGACAUAUAGAACAUUUAUGAACUUGUAAUUAUUGAUUUUAAUUCCUCGCACAAAAAUGUUCUUAUAAAUAAUAAGUGUCCUGUUUUACAAUUUUUAAGAAUUAUGGACAAAUGGACUUUUGCCUUUUAAUUUUAUUAUGUGUAGUGUUUUAGCAUAAUAUUUUUGCACUCUAGCAUUGUAUAGAUUUAUUGUUCAUGUUGAGUGGUAUAGCCACUAAGUACAAGCUAUUGAAUAUUGACCUAGAUUAAGAACGGAUGCUCAACCAGCAAACCUUCUAGGAAAUAAUUACAAAAUAAUAAUUGGAAUUGUUGACGUUUUACAACAUUAAAAAAUAUAGAGUUGGA